AUGCAUCACCCAACAAUUCCACAGCUUCUCCUGGCUUUUCUCCUACCCGCCUCCGUUCUCUCUUAUGGCGGCGCAUCCUCGCAAACGCCCCCCGGCAACAAAGCUAUCCUCCUCUCCAAAGUCCAGACUUUGACGCUUCGAGGAGAUCGACUCACCUCCUCUCGUCGCGUCUCUCCAACCCCCCAACUACAGUGCGUUGGACCAUCGAAGCGCAUAUGCCAAUCAUACCCAAUUGAUGUGAUGCGCUGCACAAACGCCGGCCAUGACUAUGACGAAGAAGAUGUUCAGUGGACCUGUACCGCUUCACUACCACCCGAGCUCAAACUGGGCUCGACGGACGUGAUCUGUGAGGGAUAUCGGAAUGCGGACGAUCCAUGGGUUCUGAAAGGCAGCUGUGGCGUCGAAUACCGGCUCCUCUUGACGGACUUGGGCGAGAAGGAAUUCGGGCGACAACACGACGACAAUUUGUCGCAGGGCAUUGCGCGUAACAAAUGGCAAAGGCUACUGGCACUGGUUGGGGAUCUAAUAUUUUUUGGGUUCAUCGUCGCGGUGAUCGAAGACGUCGUUCGCCUGGCCGUGGCUGGGGUGGUGGGUUUGGUGGUGAUGGUGGCGGUGGAGGCGGAGGCGGAGGGGGAGGACGCCCGUAUUAUGACCCUCCGCCGCCAUAUAGUGCUUAUCCUGAUAGCUCUCGUGGAUGGCGACCUGGUUUUUGGACCGGCGCGUUGGGAGGUGCUGCGGCUGGUUACAAUGUCGGCAGUAGGCGAAGCGGUUACAACUCUUCUGCAUUUACGAGCCGGCAACCGUCCUCAUCAAGGCAACGAAACAGAUCAUAUGACUCGGGGGAAGGCAGCUCGCGGUCUGCGUUUCGAUAUUCCGAUUCCACAAGCACAAGUACUGGUUUUGGAUCAACCAGGCGCCGAUAGGAAUCUCAACCCAGACAAUGUCCUUGCUACCUAUAUCUAG